AUGGCCAAUCUCUCUGCAGUGUCUCUCUUCAUCCUCCAGGGCUUCUCCACCGUCCCUGCAUUACAGCGGCUGAGCACGGCCGCCUUCCUUCUCAUAUACCUGGCUGCAGUUCUGGGGAAUGUCUCUAUCAUGGUAGCGGUGGCUCUCAAUACUCGCCUGCACACACCCAUGUACUUCUUUGUCAAACACCUCUCCCUGGUGGAUCUCUGUUCUACAUCCACCACUCUGCCCCGGGCCCUGGUGGCUGCCAUGGCAGACACCAAAGAGAUUUCCCUCGCGGCCUGUGCAUCCCAACUCUUUGCUUUCGUCUGCUUUGGCUCUCUCGAAUGUUUUCUCAUCACCUCCAUGGCUUUUGAUCGCUGUCUAGCCAUCCAUAGGCCCCUGAUGUAUGGGGCAACCAUGAAUUCUCAGACCUGCGUCUCCCUGGUGGUGGUGGCAUGGGUCAGUGGGCUCCUCUUUUCUACCUUCCACACGGUCAAUACCUUCACCUUGUCCUUCUGUGGUCCCAACAUAAUCGACCACUUCUUCUGUGACAUUCCCCCACUCAUGCAUCUAGCCUGUGGUGACCCCGGAAGCCAUGAGGCUGCAGGCUUUGCAGUCAGUGGCUGCGUCAUCAUGACCUGCUUUGCCCUCACCUGCGUGUCUUACGUGCUCAUUGUGUACACAGUGGUUCACAUCCGCUCCUCGGCUGGCCGCUGGAAGGCCUUCUCCACGUGCUCCUCCCAUCUGGCCACAGUGCUCCUGUUUUAUGGCACUGGAAGUUCUGCCUACAUGCAGCCCACAGCCCGCUAUGCCCCUCUGCAAGGGCGCAUGGCUGCUGUCUUCUAUUCUAUCCUCACGCCCACUCUGAACCCACUAAUCUAUAGCCUGAGGAAUAAGGACAUGAAAGUUGCUCUGAGAAAGCUGUAUCCACAGGUGGCAUCUUGGAACCUGUGGUUUAGACCCGGGAAGGUCCAGAAUACCACCUCCAACGCAUUUCUCCUGUAG